AUAAGUUUGUAGUUGUACUGGAUAAUCACGGGAUUGACUAUUAGUAUUAAGUAUUAGUAUUAGUAUUAGUAUUAAGUAUUAAGUAUUAGUAUUGUAUUUAGCUGUUACAUAGACAUAGUUAACAAUCGCGUUUUGCUAGUGAGAAAAAAUAUAUAGAUGGAUAAAAAAAUUUCACUAAUUAUUUAACUUAACUAUAUAAGAUCAUAGAAAUGAUUUAUUAAUGUCUACCACAAAUUUAAUUUCGAAGAGUUUACAUUCGGCCGCUGUAAGAUCCUUAUAUAGAGAGAUUAUACGACGUAAUAGUAAACUUUAUAAACUCCCUGGAACGUUUCAAAUAAAAUCUAAUCCUAAAUUAUCAGAUAAUUAUAAGAAUAUUUCAUAUGAAUUAAAGAUUUAUAUUAAUGAACAAUUCAGAAGAAAUCGACUGUAUUUAGAUAAAUUAUCUAGUUCAUAUCUUUUUGGAGUACAACUAAUUCAAAUAUUAGAUGAAAUAUUAAAUAAUAAUGGAAAUAAUAUAGAUUCUUUAGUAGAAAUUAUCGAUAAAUAUAGGCAAAAGAAUUUGAAGAAUCAGGAUAACAGAGCUUCUUCUAAAAGAAAUAAAUUAUUAAAGCUUAAAAAGAAACAUGAACCUUUUAGAUUCAAUAACUUUAAUGAUUCUAAAAAGCAUUCUAUUAUAAAGGAAACUCAUAAAUUGUGUAAAUCAUAUAAUGAAAAUGUAUUGGGAAGAUACCUUAGACUUCAAUUAAGGAGAGAAAAAUUACCAUAUCCCCUGAAAUUAUUAAAUACAUCGGAAUUCAAGAAAGUAGAAGAAAAUCUUAGAGGUAAAAGUUUCUAUGAAUCUUUUCGAUCUCAAGAUUUUAAACUGGCAUAUGAUCAAGAAUAUGUUGAAUCAAUUAUAAUUCCAAGUUUAGAAUAUGAUAUUAAUAAAUAUCAAUAUUUUAAUAAAUUUAAAUGGAAAAUAACUGAAAGAGGUCCAGCCAAAGUUGUAAAGAGGGUAAUCACUGCAGGUCCGUUUCAUUUAAGUAAACUUUCGUUACCAUAUAAACAAAGAAAUGACGAUAAAAAAUUAGCCUUUGAUAUUUUAAAGCUGAAUACAUUAAUUAGAGUCAGUAACGUAUGGAAUAUGGAGGAAGGAAAUACAGAAACAGGUGAGGAUAUAGAAAAAGAUGGAUCAUUUGCAAUUAAAGGUAGUAAAGGAUUUGGUGAAAGGGAAUACAUGUAUCCUCGAUAUUAUUAUGAAGAACUUGCAGAAAGUGAAGGACUUUGGGAAUUUUUAUUAGAAUUAGAAAUUCAUCCAAACUUUAUAUUGGAUAAACAAUUACUUCGUAAAAAGGAUUUUAUAAUAAAGUCCUGGACAAAUCCUUUGCAAGAAACGACUCAAGUUCUUGAAUCGAAUUUAAAUGAUGACAAGAACAGAUUGGAGCAAUAUUAUGCUGAAACUCAUUCUCCUGAGGUUAUUGCAGAAAUUCAAAAAAAAGUAGAUAAAGUUUUUGAAAAGGAAACAGAGGAAUAUCGACAAUUGGUUAGAAAAUUAAAACUAAAUCAAGUAUUUAAACAUUCAGAAAUAGUCAAUUUAGGUGAUAGAGUUUCCGAAACAUAUUUUGAAAAAUUUAGUAAUCGAUCAAAAUCAAAUAAUUUAGAAGAUGGUAUAUCACAAUAUGAAAGAGUUGGAUUAGGUAAAACACUUGGAGAUUAUUUAGCAGAAGCUAAAUAUUCCAAGUAUAUCUGGGGAGAAAAGUUCUAUAAUAGAUUUAAAUUCUAACUUGUAAAUAGUAUAAGUAUAAGUAUAAAUAAUAUUAUAAUUAUAAUAUAUGUAUAUAUUCAUAAAAUU